UUGCUGACCCUACCUAACACAGUCACAGACACUGCUGCUGAACUACCUCUGCUACUUAGCCCACUGCUGCUACGGCCACUACUACUGCCAGUAAUAUACGGAGGGUUCUUAAAGUGACUGUGAAGAUGAGGGCCGCCAUCUCACUGCUGAUGCUGUUGUACUCCAUGUGUGCAGUCCAGACCAGGCCAGGCCAGGGCACUGAGACGGUUGAAGUCUCGACCCAACCACACAUCUCUGCUGAAGUGAAGGAACUUAGAGACAUGGUGGUGGAGCUGAGGGUGACACUGAGAUACACUCGAGAUGAGCUAAAGGUAUUGGAGGCCGACAACGUGGCAGUGAAAGAAAGACUGGCAGCCAGUGAGACGAAGGUGGCGAUCCUGGAUAGGGUGCUGCAUGACACCAAAGCAGAAAUGAAGACCGAGGUGGAUGCUCUGAAGAAGGAAAAUGUAGCACAAGAGGCAGAGUUGGCAGUAUUGAAAACAAGACUGGCUGCUAGUGAAGCCGAAGUGAUUCAUGUGAGGAAGGAAACUGCCGCGCUGUCCGCUGAGCCAAGGUCAGUUGCUCAAAGACUGGCGGACAUUGAGACUAGUAUGGAGCAGUUGAAGAAAGACACUGCCACACAACAUACAGUACUAGCUACUCUGAAGGCUGAGGUGAUAAACCUGACCAAGAAUUGUGCAGCCACUGAAAGCGAUGUAAGAGAACUGAAGAUAAACAGUGCAGCACAUGACAAGGAACUGGCUGCUCUGAAGAUCAGUCUGGCUGCAAUGAAAUUGGGAUAGACAAUCUGAAGGUGGAAAAUUCAGCCCAAGGAGCAGAACUGACUGCAAUGAAGAGCAGAUUGGCAGCUACUGAGACAGACUUGAAGAAUAUGGAGAAAGAAAUCAAAUCAACACCCAAGGUGGCCUUCUCAGCAGGUCUGACGGAGUCAAGUUACAUAAAGGCUGGAAGUAAUGACCUUAACUUGGUCUUCAGAAGAAUUAUCACUAAUGUUGGAGAGGCUUAUAACAGCACAACAGGCUUCUUCAACGCUCCAGUCAGGGGAGUGUACUACUUCAGAUUCACUGUUUUGGAUAUUUUGAAAUCGCGUAGCAUGAUUAUCACCAUGCAUAAGAAUGGAAAGACGCUCAUGUGGCUGCGUGAGUAUGACACUGAUGGAUAUGCCACGUAUCUGU